AUGGUGAACAGGAAUAUUUUACCAGAGUUACAAACCUUCAACAUUUUAGUUGAUGCACUUUGUAAGGGAGGUAUGGUCAAAGAAGGACAAGAUGUGGUUGAAUUGAUGAUCCAAAGAGGUGAAGUGCCUGAUGUUUUCACUUACAAUGCACUCAUGGAUGGGUACUGUCAGCUUGGCCAAGUUGACAAGUCAAGAAAAGUGUUUGAUGUUAUGGUCAAUAGGGGUUGUGCUCCUUCUGUUUUUAGUUAUAACAUCUUGAUUAACGGGUUCUGUAAUAGUAGAAGGAUUGAAGAAGCCAUCUAUACUGUUACCUAUAAUUCCCUCAUGGAUGGUAUGUGCAAUGCUGGAAAGCUCAAUGAAGUACGGGAACUCUACUUGAAUCUCUCUGCCAAAGGGUUGAAACCUGAUGUUCAUACACAUAAUAUAAUGAUCAAUGGACUUUGUAAAGAAGGGCUACUUGAUGAAGCAAACGAGUUGCUUGGGAAAAUAGAAGGAAAUGGAUGUUUGCCAGAUCUUUAUUUGUAUAAUAUAGUUGUUCAGAAGUUUCUACAGAAUAAUGAAACAUUAAAGGCAUUUCAACUUCUUCACAUUAUGGUUGAUAAAGGUAUCUCAACCAAUGCAUCCACUGUAACCUUUCUAUCAAACUUGUCAUUGGCUGAUGGGUUAGAUAAUUCAUUGAAUGACAUGAUUCAGAAGUUUCUGGGAUUUUCUUCUUUGUCUCUGCCAUCGUAA